AUGGGUUCGCCGAGUCCCUACGCCGAUGCGCAUCAGGAUCCCCAGGGAGCCGGAGACGCCCGACCAACUGCCCUCCAGAUCAUCAAAGAUGAAGGUGUCGAAGGCAAGCUGGCCGGCAAGGUCAUAGUCAUUUUGGGCGGCACAUCAGGCAUCGGUAUCGAGACGGCCCGCGCCUUAUCGGCUACCGGAGCCACUCUGUUACUCACGGCUCGUAACCUGGAAAAGGCCAACAAGACCCUCGCAGGAAUUCUAGAGCCGGGGAGAGUCUCUCUGGUCCCCUUGGACCUAGACUCAUUCAAAAGCAUCCGAGCUGGAGCGCAACAGAUCCUCUCCACCUCGAAAGGCCAAAUCAACCUGCUUAUCAAUAGUGCCGGGGUUAUGGGUGUCCCAGAACGCACGCUCACUGAAGAUGGGAUCGAGUCCCAAUUCUCGAGUAACUACUUGGGUUUCUUUCUUCUCUUCCAGCUACUGAAACAAGCUCUGCUGGCCAGUGUGACUCCCGACUUUAGUUCCCGGGUGGUCAUCGUGGCUUCAUCGGCCCACCGAGCUGGUACCCUCCCAGCAAGCGACGAUUACAGCUUCGAAAGGACCAGAUACAGUCCUGAGGCUGCCUACAAUAAGUCCAAGCUGGCGGCCGUGUAUCAGGCCAACAUGAUCGAGCAUGAAUAUGGCGGCCAGGGACUACAUGCCACCAGUCUCCACCCCGGCGCCAUCAAUACGGAGAUUUCCCGCAAUUUGUCUAAGGAAGUUCUUGAAGCGAUUAUGAGCAACCCGUACGUCCUCAAGGUCCUAAAGUCUUCGGAACAAGGUGCGGCUACGACAGUAUGGGCGGCAGUGAGCAAGGAGUGGGAGAAGAAGGGUGGCAGGUAUCUCGAGGAUUGCGAGGAAGCGGAGCGUGGCGAGGACGAUGGUCAGACAUUUGGAGUUGGAUGGGUCAAGCAAACCUAUAACUUCAAGGAGGAGAGUCGUCUCUGGGAGGACUCACUCAGGCUAGUUCGGUUGGAGGGUCAGUGA